GGUAUGUCAUAUUACGUAAAUUGGACAUUCACCGAUUUACGUCACUAUUCUAUUCCUUUGGCAAAAGGUGUCAAAUGGAUGUAGUGAGAGUUGUUCUCUAUUAUUUGGUUUUAUAAAUUUCUAAAUUAUCAAAACUCUAGAGAUUGAACAAUGUUAUCUGUUUGUAAACAAACCUUCUCUGCGAGUCUGCAAAGAGCAAGUGUAAGAUGUCUAGGUUCUGUUGUCCCGGAGUUGAAGAUAAACGAUUUUGGGGUGAAAAAUGAACCUGUUUAUGAAUACUUGAAAGGAUCUAAAGAACGUGUGGAACUUGAGAAAGAACUUAAAGAAACAGCAGCAAAAACUGAGGAUGUACCUAUCAUCAUAGGUGACAAAGAAUUCAGAACCAAAGAUGUCCGAUAUCAGGUUAUGCCGCACAAUCAUAAGAAACAGAUUGCUAAGUUUUAUUAUGCAGACCGAGAUCUUCUGAAUAAAGCAAUAGAAACUGCUUGCGAAGCCCAGAAGAAAUGGGAUAUGGUACCGAUACCUGAAAGGUUGAGGAUUUGGGAGACUGCUGCAUCACUCAUGGCAAGUCAGUAUCGAGCAAAAUUGAAUGCAGCCACAAUGUUGGGACAGGCAAAAACUAUUAUCCAGGCUGAGAUUGACUCGGCAGCAGAACUCAUUGACUUUUUCAGAUUAAAUGCUUAUUUUUUGAAGGAAGCGACAAAAUAUCAACCAAUUUCUGAAAAUCCAAAAAUAACUAAAAACUCAAUGAGGUAUCGUGGGAUAGAUGGUUUUAUUGCAGCUGUGUCUCCUUUCAAUUUCACAGCCAUUGGAGGAAAUCUUGCAUACACCCCAGCACUCAUGGGUAAUUCAGUUUUAUGGAAGCCAAGUGACACUGCUCUCUUGUCAAAUUGGGUUAUAUUCAAUAUCUGCAGGGAAGCUGGAGUUCCGCCAGGUGUAGUCAAUUUUGUACCAGCAGACGGACCUGUUUUCGGUGAUACUAUUACAGCAUCGCCUCAUUUGGCAGGAAUUAACUUUACGGGAAGUGUACCGACAUUCACUAGACUCUGGAAACAAGUUGGAGAGAACAUACAUAUCUACAAGAAUUUUCCGAGGUUGAUUGGGGAGUGUGGUGGCAAAAAUUAUCAUUUCAUCCAUCCGACAGCUGAUGUGGAGACUGUUGUAAAUGGAACUAUCCGAAGUGCAUUUGAAUUUUGCGGCCAAAAAUGUAGUGCCUGUUCUAGGAUGUAUGUUCCAGAAUCCCUAUGGCCCAAGAUUAAAGAAGGCUUGCUAGCUAAAAGAGCUCAAUUGAAAAUUGGGGACCCAACUGACCCACAAAGUUUCACUUCUGCAGUUAUUGAUGAUAAAGCUUUUAAAAGAAUCAAGAAUUAUGUAGAUCAUGCUAAGAAGUCACCCAAUUUGGAAAUUAUUGGAGGAGGCAAAUGUGAUGACAGUGUGGGCUACUUCAUCGAACCGACGAUUGUCCAGACCAAAGAUCCCAAGGAUAAAAUUAUGACUGAAGAAAUUUUUGGUCCUGUUCUCUCAAUUUAUGUAUAUAAAGACAAUAAAAUUAAAGAAACCAUGGACCUUAUUGGAACAUCAACUUCCUUCGCUCUUACUGGGGCAAUCUUCGCACAAGAUGAGAAAUUCUUGAAGUCAGCUGUAGAAGAGUUAAAAAUGACAGCUGGUAAUUUUUAUGUCAAUGACAAAUCAACUGGUAGUGUUGUUGGGCAACAACCAUUUGGAGGUGCAAGGUUAUCAGGUAUUUAA